UGCUCCGCACGUGUGCCAUAUAAAUGUCACUGCGACUUCUCUUCUACUGUCCGACUUCCUUUCAGUUCCGUUUGUACAAGCCGCGUUCAGUUGCGCGAAGCAGCUUCAACUACAAUCUCUGUACUCGUCGGGUACCGACCUUAGCCAUGUCCAAUCGUCCCAAUUACCAAGGUGGCCGUCGCGGCGGCGCUGGCCGCAGCCGCAGCGGUGGUGGUGGAGGAGGGCGAGGUGGCGGUGGUGGAGGCGGCCGUGGCGGAGGGCGAGGUGGGGAGCAGCGCUGGUGGGACCCCGCCUGGCGAGCUGAGCGUCUUCGUCAGAAAGCUGCCGAGAUGGAGGUAAUGAACGAGAAUGAGUGGUGGGGGAAAAUUGAGCAGUUCAAGAGAGGAGGAGAGCAGGAGAUGAUAAUUAAGAGAAACUUUAGCAGGGAUGAUCAGGGAAAGUUGUCUGAUAUGGCAUAUCAGUUGGGGCUUCACUUUCAUGCGUAUAACAAGGGUAAGGCACUUGUUGUGAGCAAAGUUCCAUUACCUAAUUACCGGGCAGAUCUUGAUGAGCGCCAUGGAUCAUCACAGGAGAUACGAAUGUCUACGGAGAUUGAGAGAAAAGUUGGAAAUCUAUUGAGCAGUUCACAAGCAUCUGUGUCUGAUGGAAAUUCCUCUUCUACACACUCAUAUACUGCCAAUGUAUCAUCUAAUGCUGUACAUGCUGCAACAGCUGCUGCUGCAUUGGAGAGUGAUGCUGCCAAGGAGAGACUUAACACUGAACUUAAACAGAAACAAGAAAAGCUGAGGGCAACUGAUAAUGUUAAGGCAAUGAUGUCAUUCAGAGAAAAACUUCCAGCAUUUAAAGUAAAAUCUGAGUUUUUGAAAGCAGUUGCUUCAAAUCAGGUACUGGUAGUAUCAGGAGAGACUGGCUGUGGGAAAACCACUCAGCUUCCUCAAUUCAUUUUGGAGGAAGAGAUAGCAUCUAAACGUGGAGCCAAUUGCAACAUAAUUUGUACGCAACCUCGUCGUAUAUCUGCCAUAUCUGUUGCAGCUCGAAUCUCCUCUGAAAGGGGUGAAAAUCUAGGAGAAACUGUUGGUUACCAGAUCCGGCUGGAGUCAAAGCGGUCUGCUGAAACAAGGUUAUUGUUUUGUACGACAGGGGUGCUGCUGCGUCAACUGGUCCGGGACCCAUAUAUAACUGGAAUUACCCAUUUGUUGGUUGAUGAAAUUCAUGAACGAGGCAUGGAUGAAGAUUUUCUUCUAAUAAUUCUACGUGACCUUCUUCCCCGGCGUCCUGAUCUGCGUCUCAUUCUGAUGAGUGCUACCAUUAAUGCUGAGCUGUUUUCCAAGUACUUUGGAAAUGCACCCACAAUUCAUAUCCCGGGACUAACCUAUCCUGUAUCAGAAUUAUUUCUAGAAGAUGUAUUAGAAAAAACCCGUUACAGAAUAAAGCCAGAGUUCGACAAUGUUCAGGGAAACUCAAGGAGAAGGCACCGUCAACAAGAAUCUAAGAAAGAUCCUUUGACUGAGUUAUUUGAGGAUGUGGACAUUGAUUCCCAUUACAAGGGCUACAGCAUGACAACAAGACAAUCUCUUGAAACUUGGUCAGGUUCACAGCUUGAUUUGGGCCUUGUGGAAGCGACUAUUCAGCAUAUCUGUUGUCAUGAAGGUGAUGGUGCAAUUCUUGUUUUUCUUACUGGUUGGGAUGAUAUUUCCAAGCUGCUUGAUAAAAUUAAAGUCAAUAAUUUCCUUGGAGAUCCAAGAAAGUUUUUAGUUCUCCCUCUACAUGGCUCAAUGCCUACAGUUAACCAGCGAGAAAUAUUUGAUCGCCCACCCCCUAAUGUUAGGAAAAUUGUUCUUGCGACAAAUAUUGCAGAAAGCAGUAUAACUAUUGAUGAUGUAGUGUAUGUCAUUGACUGUGGAAAGGCUAAAGAGACUAGUUAUGAUGCACUUAACAAACUGGCUUGUUUAUUACCAUCAUGGAUUUCGAAGGCCUCAGCACAUCAGAGGCGUGGUCGUGCUGGUCGUGUGCAACCUGGCGUUUGUUAUAGAUUGUACCCAAAACUACUACAUGAUGCUAUGCUUGAAUAUCAACUUCCUGAGAUUCUUCGUACACCUUUACAAGAGCUUUGCCUCCAUAUUAAGAGCUUACAGUUGGGAGCUAUCAGUUCAUUUCUGAACAAGGCACUUCAACCUCCAGAUCCUCUCUCUGUUCAAAAUGCUAUUGAACUUCUCCGAACAAUUGGAGCUCUAGAUGAUGCAGAGGAGCUUACUCCACUUGGGCGCCACUUAUGCACUUUGCCUUUGGACCCAAAUAUUGGAAAAAUGCUUCUGAUGGGUUCCUUCUUCCGAUGCCUAAACCCUGCACUGACAAUUGCUGCUGCUCUUGCAUAUCGAGACCCAUUUGUCCUUCCUAUAAACAGGAAAGAGGAAGCAGAUGCUGCGAAAAGAUCCUUUGCUGGUGAUUCUUGCAGUGACCAUAUUGCACUUCUCAAAGCUUAUGAAGGAUGGAAAGACGCCAAGCGUCAGGGUCAGGAAAGAGCCUUCUGUUGGGAAAACUUCUUGUCACCAAUAACCAUGCAAAUGAUGGCAGAUAUGAGAAUGCAAUUUCUUGAUCUUCUUUCUGAUAUUGGUUUUAUUGAUAAAUCCAAAGGUCCGCAGGCUUACAAUGAAUACAGUAAUGAUUUGGAGAUGGUAUGUGCAAUCCUCUGUGCUGGGCUCUACCCUAAUGUUGUUCAGUGCAAAAGAAGAGGAAAACGCACAGCAUUUUACUCCAAGGAUGUUGGAAAAGUUGAUAUUCAUCCAGCAUCUGUCAAUGCCAGUGUUCAUCUCUUCCCUCUCCCUUUCUUGGUCUACAGCGAAAAGGUCAAAACAAGCAGCAUCUUCAUAAGAGACUCAACAAACAUAUCAGACUACACGCUUCUUAUGUUUGGUGGUAAUCUGAUUCCUAGUAAAAGUGGAGAUGGUAUUGAAAUGCUCGGGGGGUACCUUCACUUCUCUGCGUCAAAGAGCGUGCUGGAAUUAAUAAAGAAACUGAGGGGAGAGCUUGAUAAACUUCUGAAGAGAAAAAUCGAAGAGCCUGGCCUUGAUAUUUCAACCGAGGGAAAGGGUGUCGUUGCUGCUGUUGUUGAGCUGUUACACAGUCAGAAUGUUCGGUACUGAUGCACAAAAAAUAUAUAUAAAUUUGAUUAUAUUAGUCCCCAUGCUUCAUUAUGCAAACUAGUUAGUAGUUACCAAUCCUUUUUGUAAACUAUAUAUAAGUAUAAACACUAAAAUCCAUUUUAAUCGCUGCAUGCUUCAUAAAGUAUUGCUCAUUUGCUCCAUA